AUGAGGUGCAGGCUGUUUGUGGAAAUAGCAGUGCUGCAUAACAUUGUAAUGGCUAAUCGUAUGCUUAACUUAUUUGGCAGUAGAGAUGAUGCAGUAGGAAUUAUUAGUGAUGUAGAGAAGACUGCUGGAGAUCUUAAAGAUAGUGUAGACGAGCUCGGAAACAAUGUGACCCAUUUUACUAGCAUUAAAGAUGAUUCGAGAAAAGAAGAUCUCCAACACAUUAAGGCAAGGCUGAACCAGAUAGAAACCGAAAGAGAUGAAAAAGAAAUAGACAAAGACAAUCAGCGUAUUGUGCUGCAGAAGAAGAUAAGGAGCAUCGUAAAGGAACUGGGCACGAUUGCAAAUAGGCUAAUUGAAUACAAGAAUUCACUUGGCGCAUCAGAUACGAUGAAUGAGGAUAAUUUGGACGACGAGCUGAAUUUAUUGAAAGAUAAGCUUAACAAGCUUAUGAAUGAGCAAGGCAAUCAAGAUGAAGACAAAGACGAAGACGAAGGAUACUUAACUGAUGCUGAGCAAGAAGGAGUUGAAGAAGAAGCUGAAGCUGUCAAAUCUGAUAAUAUAUCAAGCAGUAAUGGAAGUAGACGUGGAAAUGGAAAUGGAAAGAGCAGUGAAAGUAGAAGUAGAAGUAAACGUAAGAAUAGGAGUAGACAUAGGAGUAAGAGUAUAAAUCCUGAGCAAAUCAACGAUAAGGAUUAUGGAACUAAUAGCGAAUUAUCUUCCAAAAACAAAGUAUAA